GUUUGCAUUUUGACAUUAAUAUUGCCAGAUUCUCGAAAUGAGUCUGACGUACAGACGCAGACGUACACUAUUUUCGAUAGCAAAAAUUGUAGUAUUCUUAAAUCCAUUAAAAAAAUUUAUUUAUACAUAUGCGAAAAAGUACUAAUCACCGGCUAAUAACUUAAACAUUCAAGCCUACGUCAAACAAUCUAUCUACGUAUAUUAGCUUAAAUUUAAAUCGAUUUGCCCACAUUGAAUUUGUGCAGCGCGUACACAACGACGACAAGUGCAAGAGAAGAAAAUGAGCACGUCAAAUGCAAGCCGUAAGGAAACGGAACGUACUAAACUGAUGCAGGACAAAUGUCAAACGCUUUUAACUCAAAUGCUUCGUGAUGAUGAUAAUAAAUAUUGUGUAGACUGUGAUGCCAAGGGUCCACGUUGGGCUUCUUGGAAUCUGGGCGUGUUUCUGUGCAUUCGCUGUGCUGGCAUCCAUCGCAAUUUGGGCGUUCACAUCUCACGGGUGAAGAGUGUCAAUCUGGAUGCAUGGACACCGGAGCAGGUGAUCUCGCUGCAACAAAUGGGCAAUUCGAGGGCACGCGCCGUUUACGAAGCCCAACUUCCGGAUGGUUUCCGACGCCCUCAAACAGAUACGGCACUGGAGAAUUUCAUUAGAGCCAAGUACGAGCAUAAAAAGUAUUUGGCCCGUGAAUGGGUUCCGCCCUCGCCACCCAAGGUUGAUUGGGCCAAGGAAAUCGAUGAGGAGCUGGAGCGUCAGAAGCGUAAAAAGAAAUCUGGACAACCCAGCUUAGGUAUUAGCAACAUAACAGGCUCUAGUGGCUCCAGUGCCGAUAAACGAUCCUCAAGCACAGCGGCUAAGAGUGCACCACUACCCGCACCACUGCCCAAGCCGAAACCUAAUCAGGUUGGUGGCUGUAGUCCAAAAACUUCGAAUCGCGUACAGAAUAACAGCACCAACAGUGGCGGUGAAAGUGAUCUUCUGGGCCUGUCAUCGCCCACAAAGCCCAUUACUGCCAGUGGUGUUCAAGAUCUUCAGAAUGAUAGCUUUACCAGCUUUCUGAGCGCCAGUUGCAAUGUCGGUGCAAUAACAACACCGGAGAAAACCAAUGGGAAUGGGAAUAAUGGAGACGCAGCCCCAGUGGGAAUGACCAAUCAGCCAAACUCAUUGGCACAACAGGAGCAGGACUUCUUCAGUCAGGGUACACUUGGUGGCAGCGACAAGGAUCAGUCGGGCAAACUAUCCAAAGAUAGCAUAUUGGCAUUGUACGGCAAUGCACCCACCACACACAAUCCACAAUUGAGCUUUGGCGGCUUCACGGGCAUGGCACCCGGUGGCUACAUGCAUCAUCAGCAGCAGCAGGUUCCCCAGCAGACGCACCAUCAUCACCAGUUUAUGACACCUCCAAACUCAGUGAGCAUGUACAAUGCACCCGUUAUGGCCGCACCAAAUGCAUUCAGUAACGCUCCCACGGGCGCCAUGAAUUUGGUGGGUAACGUUAGCUUUGGAGGUGGACAGUUUCCAAAUUCAAGCGGUAGUCCAUAUAUGUCUGGCAAUAGCUUGGCAGGACAAGGAUCACCAUCGAAUUUAAUGCAGACAAAUCAAAGUCUACUAAGUGGCAUGCAACUAUUCAGUGGCAAUGUAGCACCACAGUCGACACAACAGCAGCCACAGCAACAACAACAACAACUUGGACUCGGCAUGAAUGUGAUGCAACCGAUGCCAAGUGGAAUGAUGUCAACUGGAUAUCCAGCUGCAACUGGAACUACCGCCUCAUCAGUGACAUCAAACCUAAAUCAGCAGUUUGGCAAUUUAAAUAUCGGCAAUGUUUGGCAAUAAAUCAAGACUCUGUGCAUUCCUUUAUUUAAGGUCCAUAUACGCUGAGAUGAAGUUAUAUAUUUGUUUAUAUAUAUAACUUUUUGUACCUACUUGCCGCCAAUCCAGUGCUUGUGUUGAGAGGAAGGACGUAUUAAUAGGUGAAUUGUGUAUUUUCUUCCUGUUUAUUUGUUUGUAAGACAUUGUAAAAACAUUAUUGCAUACGUACUAUAUAUGUGCAUAUGUAUGUAAGUACAUCGCAUACAUAUAGACCUACAUACAUACGUAAGUAGACUUACAUACGAUUUGGUGGCGUACGAAUUUUAUCCAAUUAACAAUAUAUUGGUUAACAUGCAUAUAUAUAAGUAUUUAACUAAUAAAAUCAACAAUUUAAUAGGUUCUUCUAGUAUGUGUGUGUAUUCAUCCAGCCAUAUACAUACGAACGUACGUCUGCUAAUAUCGGGAGAGUAAGAUUUUUUGGCAAGUGUACUUGUAAGUUACAUAUGUAUAUUUUAUCCUUAGCUCUGAUCCAUGUAUGUAUGUAUAAUGUUCAAUAACUAAACCGCGGAAUGAAAUACGUAUGUACUUCUAAUCAUAAGUGGAUUCAAUUUUAAUAAACAAUAAAAAUAUCCAUGUAAUAACUAAAUACAUCA